AUGGCCUCCUCAUCUCAUGUCAGUCGGAAAGAUUUUGAGGCAGUUUUCCCGUUACUGGUUGAGGACAUCUCCCAAGCUGCCAAACAGUACAAUAUUCCCACCAUUGCCCUGGAGUGGUUCCAAAAGUCGCUCAAUGCAAACGCCACUGGAGGAAAGCUAAAUCGGGGCCUCUCCGUUCCCGACACGGUCUACCACCUGCUCCAAAGAGACUUGAAGCCAGAGGAGUUUAGACUGUCCUCCACGCUUGGAUGGCUCACCGAAUUUCUGCAAGCUUUCUUUCUCGUCAGUGACGAUAUCAUGGAUUCCAGCAUCACCAGGCGAGGACAGCCAUGCUGGUACCGGCAGCCGGGGGUUGGGAUGACUGCCAUCAACGAUGCAUUCCUGCUGGAAUCCUCCAUCUAUCUGCUCCUUAAGAAGCAUUUCAGGUCACAUCCCGCAUAUGUCGACUUUCUCGAACUCUUCCACGAAGUGGCCUUUCAGACAGAACUUGGACAGUUGUGUGAUUUGAUUACCGCACCCGAAGACCAUGUGGAUCUCAACAAUUUCAGUAUGGACAAGUACACGUUCAUCGUCAUCUACAAGACCGCCUACUACUCCUUCUACCUACCGGUUGGACUUGCGCUACACUAUUUGCAACUGGCUAGCGCUUACAAUUUGAAACAAGCCCACGAUAUUCUCAUUCCGUUGGGUGAGUACUUCCAAGUUCAGGAUGACUAUCUCGAUGCUUUUGGGGAACCGUCGGUUAUUGGCAAGAUCGGAACAGAUAUCAAAGACAACAAAUGCUCGUGGUUGAUAAAUCAAGCUUUAUUGAAAGCAACGCCGGAGCAAAGGCAGCUGCUGCACGAAAACUAUGGGCGGAAGGACGAUGUAAGAGAAGCUCGGGUGAAGAGGUUGUUCGACGAGUUACAACUGCAGAAAGUAUAUCAGGAAUACGAGGAGAAGCGGGUGCGCGAGCUACGGCAGAUGAUCAAUGAGGUGGAUGAAAGUGAAGGGUUGAAAAAGGAGCUUUUUGAGACAUUCCUGCGAAAGAUCGAGAAGCGGACAAAAUGA